UGCCGGGCACGGCAGUGGGAGCCCAGCGCUGCCGGGAGUCGUCCGCCCGCCCGGUCUCGCCGCCCGGCCUCAGGGAGCCGCCAGCGGAGCCUCCGCCGCAGCCUCCCCGCAGGUUGACCACCCUGGAGCCCAGCAGUAGGAACCUGAAGCAGAGCUCCUGGCUGAUGCAUGUCUAGUACAACCCAACUUCUUGAGAAGAAGAAGAACUUCUCUGGAGACCUAUCCCCUCAAAACAAGACACAGGCAGAAUUGGAUCAAGGAGCCUUGAAGACCAUGGAGGGAGACUGUCUGAGCUGCAUGAAGUACCUGAUGUUUCUUUUCAAUUUCUUUAUCUUUCUGGGAGGAGCCUGCCUGCUGGGUGUUGGGAUCUGGGUCAUGGUGGACCCCACAGGAUUUCGGGAGAUCGUGGCUGCCAACCCCCUGCUCUUCACAGGAGCCUACAUCAUGUUGGCCAUGGGAGCGCUGCUCUUCCUGCUGGGCUUCCUGGGCUGCUGCGGUGCCAUCCGGGAGAACAAAUGCCUCCUGCUCUUUUUCUUCAUGUUCAUCCUGUUGAUCUUCCUGGCAGAGCUGUCUGCUGCGAUCCUGGCUUUUAUCUUCAGAGAAAACCUGACCAGAGAGUUUUUCACCAAGGAGCUGAAGCAGCAUUAUCUGAGGAACAAUGACACAGAUGUCUUCUCUUCCACCUGGAACUCCGUCAUGAUCACAUUUGCCUGCUGUGGAGUGAAUGGACCAGAAGACUUUGAAGCUGUUCCUCUCCUUCCAUACUCCUCUCUGGAGCGGAGCACGCCAGAGGCUUGCUGCCAGCGGGAGCUGCAGAGCCGGGAAGGGAUGAUUGUCAACAGAGAAGCCUGCCUCAGCGGUGUGGAGAGGUUCCAGAACAGACAGGGGUGCUACACUGUGAUCCUGAACUCCUUUGAGACCUAUGUGUACCUGGCAGGAGCCCUUGCCAUUGGAGUGUUGGCCAUUGAGCUCUUCGCCAUGAUCUUUGCCAUGUGCCUCUUUCGAGGGAUCCAGUAAGAGGUGAGCCCUGAACCACCAUGCUCCCCACAUGCUCAGAAGAGAGAAGGGAAAAAACAUCAGAAGAAACUAAACCUGGAAACACCCAAAAACCAAAACCAACCCCACACACCUUUAUUUUUUGUAACACAAUGGGGCAGGGGA